CAUUCAUAAAAAAAGGAAAAAAGAGAAAGAAGAGUCCUGUGGAGAACCACUCAGAAGGAGACAGAAAGACAGAGAGGAAGGCUGAAUGGAGAGGACCGAGGCGAUGCGCGGAUAGAGGAGAGGCGCAAAAGGAAUCCGUGCGCCUUCUCCAGCUUCAGGAGCGGUGUCUUUUUUAAAUCUAUUUUUUACUGUGGGGCUUGGAGGAGAUCUGCUCUGCCAUGGACGAGCUGUGUGAGAUGGACUGCACGGUGCUGAAGCGGCUCCUGAAGGACGACAGCGCCAAGUGCCUGCUGCUGGACUGCCGCUCCUUCCUCGCCUUCAGCGCCGGACACAUCCGCGGCGCCGUCAACGCCCGGUGCAACACCAUCGUCCGCCGCCGGGCCAAGGGCUCCGUGCUCAGCCUGGACCAGGUCCUGGCCGGGGACGAGGAGGUCCGGGGCCGCCUGCGCUCCGGGAUGUACUCGGCCGUGGUGCUGUACGACGAGAGGACGCCGGACUCGGAGGCGGUGAAGGAGGACAGCACCCUGAAUGUGGUGCUCAACGCGCUGUGCAGGGACUCCUCCGGCUCCGACAUCUACCUGCUCAAAGGGGGAUACGACAGAUUCUUCUCGGAGUAUCCAGAGUUUUGUUUAAAGACCAAAUCCUUACCGUUCCUCAGCAGCCAGUCCAGUGUCGACUCGGCCUGUUCAUCAUGUGGAACGCCGCACAACGACCAGGGCGGCCCGGUUGAGAUCCUCCCGUUCCUCUACCUUGGCAGCGCCCUGCACGCCUCGAAGAAGGAGGUCCUGGACGGCAUCGGGAUCUCCGCCUUGCUGAACGUGUCGGCCAACUGUCCCAACCACUUCGAGGGGGCGUACCAGUACAAGUGCAUCCCUGUGGAGGACAACCACAAAGAAGACAUCAGCUGCUGGUUCCUGGAGGCCAUCGAGUUCAUAGAUUCCGUACGGGACUCCAGUGGGCGAGUGCUGGUCCACUGUCAAGCCGGCAUCUCCCGCUCCGCCACCAUCUGCCUCGCCUACCUGAUGAAGAGGAAGCGGGUGCGUCUGGACGAAGCAUUCGAGUUUGUCCGCCGGCGCCGCAGCAUCAUCUCCCCCAACUUCAGCUUCAUGGGCCAGCUGCUGCAGUUUGAGUCGCAGCUCCUCGCCACUUCCUGUGCAGCCGAAGCGGCCGCCACGGCGAGCCCGCUGCUCGGACCCAAGGCGACGGCGACGACCGCCUCGACGGCGGCCUCGCCCACCUCUCCGUUCAUCUUCAACUUCCCGGUGUCGGUGGUGAACCCGGCGUACCUGCACCACAGCCCCAUCACGACCUCCCCCGGCUGCUGAUGGACGGCCGGCCGGCCGCGGCCUUCCCUCUACCUUUGCUAACGUGAGCACAGACUGGGCCGGGAGAGCCGACCACUGCAGUAUGUUCAUGCUUCCAGGGCAGGGAGGAGAGAAGCAUCACGGUGCCUGAUUCAAAAACUCACAAGACUGAAAACAAACUUCUUAAACCAGCCAACGCUCCUUCCAUUUUAACACAAGAUUUCUUCAGAUCGACCAAAAAUGAACUGGCUUUUUCUUUCAGAUGGAGUGUUGGACUGAUGCACCCUCUUCCUUGACAAAAAACAACAACAACAACAUACACAGGGACACACUGAAGCUACGUGUCCACUAGAUGCGUUUUUCUUGCACGUAAACGCUCAUGUGACCGUAUGUGCAUUUAUACCUCAUGCAGCGUCUGCUCCCAAACUGCAGGGGGCAGUGUAUCGCAAACACACGUCUACCUGGUCUACUCUAGUAAUAAACUGGACUAGACUCGAAGUUUGCCGUUGUUUUCACCACUUACAACAUGGCAUUUUACCGAAUAGUUGCAUUUCAGCAGUCAGUUUUAAUUUCACACCAUGAAUAGUUCAUAACCCGGUUACCAUGGUGAUGAAUCGUAUAAAUGCCUGAACUUCUGCUGCUAGGAUCUCCUAUUCUUCCGCGUGUCUACGUCCGCGUAGUUAGAAAAAUUCAGACGUGGAAAUUUUCCACGUGAGAAGGGCCGUGUGAGGGGGCGUGGCUGCUAAAAUGACGUAAUUCGUCCGCACAGAGCUGCUGAAAUUCUGUCAUGUGACCAAGUUGUGACCCGCCCACCAUGCGUGUGAUUUUCAGAUGCGGGAAAACACAUCUAGUGGACCCGUACCUUAACACACAACUCAGAGAGGCAUGAGCAACAGCAAAACUCUCUCUCUUCUCUCUCUCUCCCACACACAAACACAUUCAUGACUACCGACUGAAUAAGCUCAGUAUGAAGACGGGCUGUUGCUAUGGAGACGACAGGUCUUUAGGAGAGGAGAUGGACACAGGAAGGAAGGAGGAAUUUUAAGCACCCGCUCUUUCCCCCCUUUUGGGUGUCCCUCCUGUUGCCGGACAAAAGAGAUGGAUGGAAAAAAUAGGGGAGGAGACGGUGAUAGAAAGCAGGAGCCUCUUCAGUGACAGGUGCUCCGCCGGCGAUCCGACCGGAGCUUCCUGUCUUUCAUACGUCCUCUUCCUCUCCCCCAUCCACCUUCCCCCUCCUCUCAUCUCCUUUUCAUCCUUUUAUACUCCUCCUCUCCCCUCAUCCUCUCAUCUCUUUGCCUCUCAUCUUCACCCUCCCCUCCACUCCGCUCCUCCUCUCCUCAGCAAAGAAGCUAAAUAAAUAAAAUCAGAAGCCAAAUAAAGAGCAGGUUCCAUGUAAGCAGACCGGGAAACCCCUCUACAAGGCCCCUGACACAUGCUUUAGGAAACCCCUUCUGUUACAUCACUAAAGAAAGUUGUUUUGGAUGAAAGGGCUGAAAAAAAACACCAGAAGAAGAGAGUGCCGUCUUAGAAAUCAGUGGCUGAGCAUGCUUUGUUUCUGUGUCUUUUCCUGGAUUCUCCUUUUUAGAUCAGAUUUUAGAGCUGGAAGACAGCCACUUAAAGGACCAUACUGCUGGUUUUGUAUGUUUUAAUCCACUAUGAAUAAUGUAUUCUUUACCACUGAUGAUUUUCCAAAACAUACACAAAUUUUUAGAUCUUGUUUUCAGUUCUUCUCAGCAGGUUUAUUUUUACAGCGGACUGAGAUGAACGGAAAACAUCGACUCUUAUUAUGUGCUUUGGAAAAUUCUGUUUUUUUAUUUUUAGGUUCGUGGGCUAAAAGGUGCAUCAUCCCAAUGGUCCUUUAAGGUGUUUGUGCCUUGUUCAUGAAGGUAUCCUGUGGAUUUACACGUCCCUGGAUCUGCCAGCAGGGUGUUGAUUUGGUUUUUUUUUUGUAGUAGCUGCUUAGAAAUUACUGAAUGUUGGUCAGACUUCUAAAAUAAUCUCAGUGCAGAACGGACUCUUUUUCCACAACGUCACCAGAGCAAAAGCUUCUCAAUCACACAAAUGCACACAUAUAAUGUACACGAGUACUUUGACAGAUAUUAUAAAACCUAUAAAUACUUACAUUAAAAAGAGCAGUUAAACAGAUUCACCAAAACUAUGAAAACAUGGAAACUUCCUCCUCUAUUCCACAUUUCCUGCCAUUUGCAGAAAAUUGAAAGUAAUUUGUGGAGAAUUCAAGUUACCAAACAAGAAACAAAAAGGAUAUAUGUAAAUUGUAAAAAUACAAUUUUGAAUUUGUGUAAAUGAUGUUCUAGGGCAGGGGUGUCAAACUCAUUCUAGUCCAGGUUCCAUAUUCAGCCCAGUUUGAUCUCCAAUGACCAGUAAAACCACAGCAUAAUAACCUAUAAAUAACCACAAUUCCUAAUAUUUCCUUUGUUUUAGUGCAAAAAAGUGUGUUCUGGAAAUGUUCACAUUUAAGGAAUUAUCUUUUUACAAAACAUUAUGAACAACCCCAAAUUUCUUCAGAAAAAUUCAAGUUCAAUUUCAUCAACAUUCAGCCUCAGUUUAUCAUUUCCACAUUACAACUUCCAGAUCACAGAGUGUCUACAAAGAAACACAACAUUUAGUCACAGCUAUCUGGAAUUGAAUGAUGUAGUAUUUUACUUUUAUGAUCAAAACCAGUCAGACAAAAAAAAGACAAAAAACAAAAACUAUACAAAAUAUUACCAAAAUGAGACAAACGACACAAAACACAAAAAAGAGACAAAAAAAUUAGACAAAAAAGUUACAAAGCAACAAAAAAGAUGAGACCAACGACACAAGCGAGACAAAAAUGACACAAAACAACAAAAACGAUACACAAAACAAUGAAUAAAACAAAGCACGAAAUGACAAAAAUAAGAAAACAAAUACUAGCGAGACAAACAGGAAAACUCAAAACAACAGACGAAAACAUGAGACAGAAACGACAAAAGUCAGACAAAAAAAACCCCAAAAAAUAUUACAAAACGGAGACACAAAACAACAAAAAAUGAGACCAAAAAGUUACAAAGCAACAGAAAAAUUAGACAAAAAAUGACAAAAGCGAGAAACAAAAUGACAAAAAAAAAAAAAAUAGACAACACAAACAUUUUACAGAUUUACAAUUUGCAUUUAAUGUCUUCUCUGUAAUUUUUACAGUUUGAGGCCGGAUUCGACCCUUUGGAGGGCCGCUUUUGGCCCACGGGCCUCAUGUUGGACACCCCUGCUCUCAGGUCAUAUAGCCUCUGAUGUUGUCACAGAUGCACCCAAAUCCAAAUCACUGAUUCAUUCACUUUUAAUAAUUAUAAUAAUGGGAAGGUGCACUUAAAAGUUAGUUCUAAUUAUAACCUUCUACACAGCUUCCUUAGUAGCACUUACAAUCCAUUCAACAAUAACAAAAGCAGUGACUUUUUUGGACAUCACACCAAAACAGUUGUUUAAAUCUUCAUAAUAUCACAAUCUGAGACAUUUGCGUUGCUUCUGCUCCUCACCAGGUUAAGCUCUAAACUGUGCUUGACGUACAAAGGCAAAAAAAAUCCACACACACGCGGUUUAAAAGAAAACAAACCUUUUCCUGUUUUUGAAGAUUGUCGGCACCUAUCUCUGUAGCACUUUCAAGUGAUGCAAUAUUGUAUUUGUAAUUUCUGAUUGAUUUGCACAUCAUGGCGAUGCUCAGACUGACUGCUUUGUCCAUGUAGAGAGAGAGAGAGAGAGAGAAAAGAGUCAAUCAGUGAAAAAUGCAAUACUUUCUACACGAGUGUGAUCUGUACCUGUCCAACUGUCUGCCUCUCUGUGUUAGUCCGUCUGUCUCCACUGUGUCUCCGUCUGGUCGACGCUGUUCACCCGUCAUGGCAAUAUCAAUCCUCAACUCUUUAUAUACAUGCAUACAUACACACACAUAUGUAUGCAUAUAUAUAAAACGAAACAGUUUCCCCUUGAUUUUAUUGUGGAAUGAAUGAUCUGUGCAUUUAUUUAUUACUGAAGAUCCACUGUUGAAUAAACAAUGUUCUUAAUUAAGUUGAA